GAGCACUGCCCCCACACGUGCACGCCCUGCACACAUGCAGCCAGCGUGCCUCAUUCGUCAAUCACCAAGCAAGACAUCCGUUUCAGCCGUGAAUAUAUCGCACUUAAGGCAAGAGGAUUAGUUUCUUGCGAGUCUCAGUACUUCAAGGUUAUGACAAAUAUUUCAGCACGACUGGUUUCCCGUCCUAGCAUUGCCUUACUCGUCCAAACCCACCAAGCGUCUCCCGCCAGUGUGUAUCUCAUCCAGGGGUCGUCUCCCCUCCACCCAGGCCGGUUCCUAUCUAAAUUGCAUGAAGCGUCACCUUGAAGGGCGCCCGGUGGAGGUCUCCUUACAUAUUUCACUAAACUAUCUGGUUUGACAUCCCGGCUGCUCGGUUGGUGUGGUUAUGCGUCUGAAAUAAUGUUGCUUAUCCGCACGGUGACUGGUGGCUGGCCUAUCUCCUUCGCUAUCUGGUGUUCAACGCACUUCAUCCCUCGUAAUACUUGAGAUAAGUGUCAAAAUUGCCUCGGUGAGCGAUGUUCACACUUGUAUUAAUUCAGUAAAUAUUGGAUAAGACGGACUCUUCCCUAGCUUGCCCUCAGAAGAAAAGAAAACGAAAAACUUGCCGUCCUGCAGGGUCUGGCGCUGCUGCUGGGAGUAUCCUUGAGAGCCUGAGAGGAGGCGAUGAGAGCUCGGCGGUGCGAUGUGUUGGUCAGUCCAGUGCUCUGGUCCCUCCUGAACACACGGCCGGCUGCAGGGACUCACUGCCGUCACCUCCACUCAGACGCGUCAGCUGCUGCAUGCACAUCAAACAAAACCUUCAUCUUAGACAACUUUAACAAUUUACUUGGUGAGUCAUGAGACAGCCAGUGUUGUGGAUGGUGGCGACGGUGGUGGUGGCGGUGGCGUGGGUAGGCGAGGCGGCCCCCAGCAGGGUUCGCAGGGACAGUGAUUGUGACACGCCUUCCGAUGCCGAUCACAGCCUGCAAGACCUGGGGCAGCAGCAUGCCGCCCAGCAGGCAGCCCUAGGAGGUCUUCCCCUACCAAGCCCAGGCAUGCCCCUUCCACCAGCCCAGCAAACCAUGCUCCCUCAAGCACCACCCACGGUGGCCGCCCCUGUCCCGACCGCCCUUGCCGCACCAAUCCCUGCCCCUCUAGCUCCUGCCCCUACAAUGGUUGCCCCUGCCCCUGCAGCCCCUGCUGCACCAGCCCCUGCCCCUACAAUGGCUGCUCCUGCUCCAGCUGCCCCUGCCCCACCAGCGGUCCUUGCUCCAGCUGGCCCUGCCCUUGCAACCCCUGCCGCACCAGCCCCUGCUCCUAGAAUGGCUGCUCCCGCCCCAGCUGCCCCUGCCCCUGUAGCCCCUGCCGCACCAGCCCUUGCCCCUACAAUGACUGCCCCUGCAGCCCCUGCAGCCCCUGCCCCAGCUGGCCCUGCCCAUACAAUGGCUGCCCCUGCAGCCCAUGCCCCAGCUGACCCUGCCCCUGCAGCCCCUGCCGCACCAGCCUCUGCCCCUACAAUGGCUGCCCCUGCAGCCCCUGCCCCAGCUGGCCCUGCCCCUGCAGCCCCUGCCGCACCAGUCCCUGCUCCUAGAAUGGCUGCUCCUGCCCCACCAGCGGCUCCUGCCCCAGCUGGCCCUGCCCCUGCAGCCCCUGCCGCACCAGCCCCUGCCCCUACAAUGGCUGCCCCUGCAGCCCCUGCCCCAGCUAGCCCUGCCCCUGCAGCCCCUGCCCCAGCUGGCCCUGCCCCUGCAGCCCCUGCCGCACCAACCCAUGCUCCUAGAAUGGCUGCUCCUGCCCCACCAGCGGCUCCUGCCCCAGCUGGCCCUGCCGCACCAGCCCCUGCCCCUACAAUGACUGCCCCUGCUGCACCAGUCCCUGCCCCUACAAUGGCUGCCCCUGCAGCCCCUGCCCCACCAGCGGCUCCUGCCCCAGCUGGCCCUGCCCCUGCAGCCCCUGCCGCACCAGCCCCUGCCCCUACAAUGACUGCCCCUGCUGCACCAGUCCCUGCCCCUACAAUGGCUGCCCCUGCCCCACCAGCGGCUCCUGCCCCAGCUGGCCCUGCCCCUGCAGCCCCUGCCGCACCAGCCCCUGCCCCUACAAUGACUGCCCCUGCUGCACCAGCCCCUCUCCCUACAAUGACUGCCCCUGCUCCUGCAGCCCCUGCUCUACCAGCGGCCCCUGCUCCAGCUGCCCCUGCCUCUAGCUGCCCCUGCCCCUGCCCCUUUAGUUCCUGCCCCUGCAGCCCCUGUCCCACCUGCCCCUGCUCCUGCAGCUCCUGCUGCACCAGCCCCUAUCCCUAA